AUGGAGGCGAUGGAUUGUAGGCCAGAACCCGAGACGGAGAAAUCGCCCGGGUUCGACUUCGACCCUCAGGCUUCGAGGAAGUGGAUGCGAGACGCCUGGAUGCCGUUUGCGGUCGUCGUGGUGCUUCUGUAUCUUCUCCUCGUGAUUUGGUCCCGCGGUCUCGCGAAGGGAGGGCGGAAGGUGGAGGUCCUGGUGCCCCUCGUCGCUUGGAACGGGGGCCUUGCGAUCUUCAGUGCGGUGGGAGCCUGGAAGGUUUUUCCCUGGUUUUACUUCGUCCUUUUCAGUCGGGGAUUCUACUGCAGCGUCUGCUCUAAUUCAUACAUGACGGAAAGCCGGGAGACAGGCUACUGGAUAUUCUUGUUCGUCCUAUCAAAAAUCCCCGAACUGGGCGACACGGUGUUCCUACUGCUGAAGAGGCAACCCCUGACCUUCCUGCAUUGCUACCACCACGCGACGGUUAUCUUGUUCACGGCUCACAUCUACGUGGACUUCGCGGCGACGGGCAUCUGGUUCUGCGCGCUCAACUACGUCGUGCACGCACUCAUGUACUCGUACUACACGGUCAGGACCAUGGGGUUCCGGGUGCCUCGGUGGAUCGCAAAGGUCAUCACCUGCCUGCAGAUCUUGCAGAUGGUGCUGGGGACCGCUGCCACGGCGGGAGCGUUCUACUACAAGAUACGACGCUUUCCGUGUCAAAUGAAUGGUGUCAAUAUCGUGGUUUCCCUUGCCUUAUACUUGAGUUACUGGGUUCUCUUCUCCAUCUUCUUUCGGAAUUCGUAUGUUAAAACUAUCAGCAAAUGCACGACUCAGUAA